UACACUGGUAGAGGUAGAAGUACUCACGCAAGUCUUUGGCUUAACAGGAAAAGAAGUACAGAAUCUGAAAUGCAUUUCAGUAAGAAAGUCAAAAUCUAUUUUUGAGCAGCAGAACAUACAAUAGGUAUUUUGAUAAAUACUCGAGUACUGCGCUGAAGAAUUUGUACUUGAUCUUCGUCAGCCUCUACCCCACUCCAAGGUUCAGCUCAGUCAACGCUCAACCUCUGUCGCGGACGGUCCACUCGGCCUCGCUCAUCAGAUCAGCAAGUAUACAUCAUCGCCAAAGAUGGGAGACUGGGGUUUCUUGUCAAGCCUAUUGGACAAAGUGCAGUCGCACUCGACCGUCAUCGGAAAGAUCUGGAUGACGGUUCUGUUCCUGUUCCGGAUCAUGGUCCUGGGCGCCGGCGCCGAGAGCGUAUGGGGUGACGAGCAGUCCGACUUCAUCUGCAACACGCAGCAGCCCGGUUGCGAGAACGUCUGCUACGACUGGGUCUUCCCCAUCUCGCACAUCCGCUUCUGGGUGCUUCAGAUCAUCUUUGUGUCGACGCCCACGCUGGUCUACCUGGGCCACGCCAUGCACAUCAUCCACCAGGAGAACAAGCUGCGCGAGAAGCUGGCCAGCCCCGGCGGGACUCUCCGCCCCAAGUCGCCCAAGUACACUGACGACAAGGGCAACGUGACCAUCAAGGGCAACCUCCUGGGGAGCUACUUGACCCAGCUGGUUUUCAAGAUCCUCAUCGAGGCCGCCUUCAUCGUCGGUCAGUACUACUUGUACGGCUUCGUCAUGGUACCCAUGUUCCCGUGCUCCAAGAAGCCGUGCCCGUUCACCGUCGAGUGCUACAUGUCGCGACCCACCGAGAAGACCAUCUUCAUCAUCUUCAUGCUGGUCGUGGGUUGCGUGUCCCUGCUGCUCAACGUGAUCGAGGUCUUCUACCUGCUGUGCAAGCGAUGCAAGGCCAAGUCCAGGCGGAGGUUUCCCAUCAACACCGUCGGGGGCCCAGUCGGGCUUUCCGAGCCCAGGUGGCCCACGAUGGACGAUGCCUUGAAGCAAAAUAAGAAGAACCUGGACAUUGAGAUGGAAGCCAACCAGAGUCUGGGGGGCAGCCCGGAUGGAGCCAAGGAGGAGAAGCAACUGUUGGGCGUCCACUAGCGAGGAUCUUGCGUUUGU